UUCCAGCAAUCUACUAUAGUUAGAAGUUAGUUUUAUAUGAAUUUAAAAAUACUUAAUGACCAGUGGCAGUAUGACUAAUAAUUGUAUGAGGUUGGUUGUGAUAUUUUUUUGGAUCAAGGAACUAAAUCAAUAGGAAUGAUCUUGCAAAAUCACGAGUAUUUAAUUAUUCAACUGAUAAGUUGGAUAUGAAAUUCAAAUACAAGGUAAAUUAAUAUAGUCUAAUGAUUUUAUACUAUAUAUAUUUAUUUGGGUUGGUUCGAGUUUUAGUAAGAGAUUUGGAUUUGUGACCAUACAUAUAGAAAAAAAAUACUUUUUGGUAACAUAAAAUUAACUUUUUGGCAUAAGAUUCAGAUUUUUUGCUUAGUAUUCGAUACCUAAACUUUUGAAGAUUUACAAAUAGGUUUAAUUUUGUAUAUGUUGUUUAAAUUAUCUCAUAAAUAGGUAAACCGAUCAUUAUUAAAAAAAAAUUGGUGAAGGCAUACCCAAAUAUAAUAUAAUAGCAAUACUUAGGGGUGGCUAUACGGUCCGGUCCGGUUAAAUUGGCCCAAAUUGAUCCGGUCUAGUUCGGUCUUUUUGAAAAUAUAAGGACCGAAGAUUGGAUUGGAUACAGUCCGGUCUUGAUCCGGUCCGGUUUUGAUCCGGUCCGGUCCCAAUUCGGUCUUGAUUUUACAUUGAGAUUGUGAGAUUUGAGUGGCCUAAGGCCUUAAAGGGUGAGGAGUUGGUUAAGUUUUGUACUAAGUGCAAAGGUUUGUGACCGUUUAUGCAAAUUACCCUUAAGUUUUGGGUGUUGAGCUCUCUUAUCCGGUCUUUAUCCGGCUUUUUACCUCAAAUCUAAGCCCAAAGAUUGGAUUGAAUUGUUUACUAUCCGGUCUCGGUCCGGGUUAUACGGUCCGGUUUCCGGUUUUUAAUCCGGUCCCGGUCCAAAUAGCCACCCCUAGCAAUACUCAUAUCCAAUCCAGGUCUACCCCUACCAAAUAUCCAAAUACAUAUAUACUUUACUGAUACACUAACCAUAAAUCUACAAUUAAUGAAUUUAUAUGAAUUUGAAUAAUUGUGACCCAUUAUGUUCAAUAUAAUUCACCAAGUCCAUGCACGUUACGGAAUGGGCUAUUAUAUUCUCCUCAUGCCUAACUCAUAUAUAAGCAUUUAGCUCACUAAACGGUGCAAUGAGCCCAAAUAUCACGGUACAAUUAUAAAAUAAUUUUCUAAGCCCAACUAUUUGCACGGCUGCUUACCAUGCUAAAAAAAACUAUCUGGAACACACACAAAAAAAAAAAACAAUUAAAGAAGCUCUAAUAUACACCAUGCAAUUGGGAUCAACAGGAGAUUUGGGUUUCAAGGCCUCCUAUCUGUUUAUUAGACCAACUGCAUUUGGAUACCUGUACUAUUUCACACCACUAAAGAAAUAACACAGGUUUUGUUGAUAAAAAGAUAACAUUUGGCAAUUAUUUUCUUUUUUGAGUUAUCUAUCUACACAAUAUAUAAUUCUAACACUAAUAUAAAGAGGUUCUCAUAUAAAUAAGUUUAUUUCUAUAUUUUCAACCCUCUAAGUGAUAUCCAUUUUUAUAUGUUUUAGAGAUUUUUUUACGUCAUCUUACCACUAUCAUAUCACGAUAGUCAGUGGUAUGAUGUUGAUAUGACAAUGAUAUAAUGUGAUAUGAUCCUGAUUAGCGCCAUAAACAAUCCAGAAUGGAGUCGACAAGGAGCUAUAUCGUCAAGCCAAAAGGACCCUAAAAAUUGGCUAAGUGUUCUCCCUGUUUCGGGUUACCUAGUUGGCAAGCUUGGUCGUUCGAAAUGGCUCGAUAGAAAUCCAAAGGGAGGAUCCAGAAUGAAAUUUAAAGUGUUGUUCUAUGAUUCCCAAGGCUUGGAAGGGCCAUCACAAUAGUUCAAGGUCGUUUUCCAGGUCUCUCUACUUGUUAUGGCAGAACCGAGAAACUAGCCAGAAUUGGCUAAGUCUGGAAGACAGUUCGAGAGGGCUACUUUGAAGAGCCACUCGAGAUGGAAGGAGGAGAAUCAAGCUGCUAGGUUUGUGCCACACGAAAGUGGACGUUUCCUUCUCCAGCCUGAAGGAAUUGGUUGAGCACAUACACACCUGGAAGGCCUCGAUCGAGCGAGCAGAAGAUCGAAGGAAGCCUCGUUUUGGAGGACUGCUGCUCAGCAAAUCCGAAUCCGUUUCGGAUUAGAAUUACGUGUUCUUUUUGGUUUUGACUUCCAUUUUUUUGUGUUUUAGAACAAUUAGGUUUUCCCUUUUGAAAUGUACGCAUAGAUAGGUCUAUUUAAACUCGUUUUCAAGGCAUUGUAAGGCAGAUCUUGAGAGUUAGAAUUCCAGUUUUGGAGUUUCGUUCAUUAAGCUUUUGUGCUUGUGAAUUGGUUGAAUUGCUUGGAGUAAUCCGAGAGUUCAAGAGCUUGUAUCGAUCGAGUGAUUCCCCAUCGAUCGUGGCCAGCAUCGACGUAUACUCUUCGAGCCCUCUUCCGCGUGUAAGAUUGCACGAGAGUUCCGUUCCCACGUCAACAACCUCCGCCCCUGUUUUUAUGUUUGUGUUCGUACAAUUCUCAAAUUUGAACAAGUUGCGCGAGUUCAAUCACGAUCCUAGCUCCUAGGGUCGUAUUAUAAUGCUGACAUGAUAUUGGUAUGAUAGGGAUAUGGUGUUGAUAUGAGGUCUUAUAUUUAUCAAAAUAAUUUGAUGACAUCAUAUCUGUAUCAUAUCAUGAUAUUAUCAUUAGAUCAUAUAAAUAUUAUGAACAGUUAUUCACCUAUAAGUUACUAAUGGGUUCCGCUCCCAAAAAAUAGGGGUUAAGACUUAGGAGUGUAAACAACACUUGUAGAAUUGGUCUACUUGCAUAUCAAGUGGACCAACAUGAAAUAUUACCAUUUGAUGUUGGGUUAUAGAUAUGCCCAUCUACUAUGAAGUUUUAUCAAAUAUGUUCAUCUACUAUUUUUUACAUCAAACAUGUUAUUCUGUUAAAAUUUCUAUUGAAAAAAUCGCCAAUCAUGGUUGAACCGAGAUUUAGACGACCCAACAGGCCAACAACGACAAAUGGGAGGGAAAAUAAAAGUUUUGACCGCUAUUUUAUUUCUCUAGGUCUCGUCAAAGUGAAAUUAUUAGAAUUAUUUGGCCAUACAUAAAAAACCAAAAAAAAAUCUAAAGUGAAAUUAUUAUGGAUAUUUUAGAUAUUUGUGUCGCCCAAACCAAAGUUUUGCCGUGGUUAACGAUUUUUGGAUGAAAAUUACAACAAAAAUGCAUGUUUGAUAAUUUUCCCAAAGUACACGGGCAUGUUUGAUGUAAAAAAUAGCAGAGGGCAUGUUAGCUAAAAUGUCAUAAUAAAGGGGCAUAUUAUACUUAUAACCGUUUGAUGUUUGUUUGAUUUUCAUCUGCCAAGUAAAAUACAACUACGUACAAAGUUAUGUUCCUUAACAUCUUCCCUGAAACUUGUUGAUUCCUGUGGCGUUUCUAGCCUUUGGUUUUGGUUUAUUAUCGCUACGCUUCUUUUAUAAAAUGAGAACCAUGUUCAAUUGUAAAAUAGAAACAAAUUUAUAUAUGUUUGUAAUAUUAGAAGUUUGAAAUUAAAUCAAUUAAAUGAUAGUAAUAAGAAUCCUUAUCUACAGAGUCGCCCCUCAACUAACUUAUAGUUGAUAAACUAAUUUUAUCAUGACCUUUAGCAAUUAGUGUUACAUGUAGAAAAAUUUCACAAUUUUAAUAUAUAAACUUCUUUGAAUAUUUCACAAUUUUUUUAUUGAUCAUCUUAUCAUCAUUACCAUAUUCUUCGCCUACGAUUUUUUCUCAUCUACAAUGCUUGUUCCUCGCAUAAAUUAUCGUAGAUAGA